AUGAGUGACGCUGAAGCAGCCUUGUUCCGACAGGAUCCCUGGGCACAUGACCUGAAGCAUGAUCAAAUUGUGGGUGUCGCGUUAUUGGAUGUUGGUUUUCGCUACCACGCUUUAGCAGUCCUGGACCAGGGUCAGCGGGAUCAGUAUAAUUUCUGGCAAGCAGUGUUCGGCACAGAUUGUUUGCACGCGGGAGGGCUUUACUACUUCAAGGUGGAGCAGGUCCUGCCUUUCGCAAAGCCCACGGAACUGCCAGUCACAGACCGUCGCAAGCUGAAGUCGUUCUUCUCAAAGUUGGAUCUUUUUUCUCCUGAAGAUCUUGUAAAGCAACUGUCGCAAGAUUUUGGGGUUCCUCUGCCGGAAUGGGUUGAUUCUGAUUGUCACUUGGUUGUGCGUCUUCCCGGAGCUCAUAGUUUUUUUCUUGCGAGAAAACAUUGGUCCUAUUUUGCCUUGCCAGAUCCUUCCCCGGAGCACUUGUUUUCAGUGGGUGUUCGUCACAGAUCCAGAGUCAUUGGCUGGUCUCAUCUUCCCGACUUGGCCAAUCAGUUUGUUGUGCCACGGCAGGUGCAGAAUUUCGCAGAACCACGAUUGUCUGCAAGUAUGGCUGAAGAAAUUGCUGACACGAUUAGGCAGAUGGCUUUGCGACUCAACCCGAACUCUGAGCAGGAUGCUUCUUUGCUAGAUUCAUGCUAUCGGGCCGCGUACAUGAUGCAGCGUAUGCGCGAUGAGCUUGAUGUCAAUCAUUUGAACAGCAGGGUGCUGCAGUCGCAAGGCCGGGUUUGCACACCGCGACUACCUUUUCAAGCUACGUACAUUAUACAAUGUAUGUUGAUGGGCAGUCACUUGAGAGAUGUUGCAGACUUGAAGCAGGUCCUGCUCAAGGCAGUGGAAAUUGCGCUUCCCAAGGUGUUUGCAGAAGCUGUGUUGGCAACUGUUAAUGGUGAUGCUCAUGGUUUGGGCCUGCGGGUGCCUAGUGCCACCAAGGUAUCCCGAGCAAGGCUCAGUGUCGAUGUUGCAUUGAUGCUGCACCGGCGUUCUGUGAAUGCAAGGGCUGAUGAAGAAGGCGGUGUUGUGAGAUAUGUCAUGGUGGAUUCGUCAGUUCAGGGUCAUUACGACUUUGAGUUCAUCAGAGUCGAGCUGCAGGCAGAGAUGGACUGUUGCAUGGACACACAUUUGCUCCCCGCGGUUGUGCUGGGAAGUGGACAUGCGAAGUUGUACCAUAAGUUUCAUGCUGCUGCUCAUUGCUUUUUCUUGGAGACAGGAAGUGCCUUGGGCCUCGCGAAAUUUGCAGACUCCAUCUUUUCAUUUACCACGGAUCAAGGUGCCGAGAUUGGACUGCACAAGGUGCCUCCUGUACUGGUCAGGAACAUUCUGCCUUGGGUGACGUAUCAGGCCGAGGGUGGGGAUGAGCAUGACUUGGCACCGCCCCUCGCAAACCAGGCAGAUCUUGAAGCUACGAUCGAUUUCAGGAACUCCGUGGGUGUUGCAGGGCUUAUGCACAUCAUACACAAUUCCACUGUUGACUUGGGCAGAUCCAUGUUGACGUUCGAUGCCACUGUGAAGCAGCUGAUAGGCCGGCACCUUCAAGCUGAAAUCAAGUCCUUCCAAGCCAAACUCAAUCCAAGUCGGUGGGGCAGCCUUGCACACUGUGUUGUCGAGCUGUUGCAGAUUGAAGCUAGUCUUCGGUAUGGUUGGAACUUGAACAGAUAUGGGAACCAGCGGGCCAACCAAAACGACGAGGGUGGGUAUGGUGUGGAUCUUGCUAUCGUGGAUUCUGCACUAACGUCUCCAGAGUUCUGGGCCACUUUGAGGAUGUUGCGUUACCUAGCCCAGGUAAUCAAGUCGUGUUUGCAUUGGGCAGAAACUUGUCCAUGCCAUGGCAAACUUCCCCACAAAGACUUUCCUGCAAAGGUAAAGGAUGUCUGGGCCCACUGUCCUUUGAGAGGUUGCAGGGCCCCGGAGCUGGCAGCCCUGGAGUUUCACAACCUUGUGCGGGAAUUGAACAACACCAGUGCUGCAGAGCUUUUGAGCAAUCUCCCCAGAGACAUCAGCCCAGCAUCUCGUGCAACCAUCCUGCAGGAGUUUGAGCGUGGACGUGCGCACCUUGUGUUUGUCCUCAACCUGAGGCUGGAUCAUUGGAGGCACCCGCCCUACUGUGUCUUCGGGUGUGCCCAUUUGUUACCGGCGGUCUCCAAACGAUUUCUCAGGAGGUGCCUUGACAUGCCACGAAGUUCCCAACUGCUGGCCGAGUUACAGCAGUCACCAGUGAGGGAGCAAGCAGAGCAGUACUUGGAGGGUGCUGACAUUGAAGGCUUGCCGGACCUUUUGCAUUUCUUGGGCAAGCUGCGAUAUUGCCCGACCGCAGAGCGAGCAGUGGAAGGCGACCAUGCGCAGGCGGGCUCGGAAAGUGUUUCGGUUUUGCAUGGUGCAAUUGGCAGUCGUGGUUUGGGUGUACUGUACGGUUGA